CAUGGCUUCAGGGGCGGCCACCGCCCCGCCGGGCCCCGUCUUGGCCGCCCUGCUCUUCUCCUCGCUGGUGCUGGCCCCGGCGCGGGCCAUCGUGGUGUAUACGGACCGGGAGGUGCACGGGACCGUGGGCUCCAAAGUCACCCUCCACUGCUCCUUCUGGUCCAGUGAGUGGCUCUCUGAAGACGUCUCUUUCACCUGGCGCUUCCAAGCCGAGGGCGGCCGGGAUGCCAUCUCGAUCUUCCACUACGCCAAGGGGCAGCCGUACAUCGACGAGGUGGGCGUCUUCAAGGAGCGGAUCCAGUGGGUGGGGGACGCCCGCUGGAAAGACGGCUCCAUCGUCAUCCACAACCUGGACUACGGCGACAACGGGACCUUCACCUGCGACGUGAAGAACCCCCCGGACAUCGUGGGCAAAUCGUCGCAGGUCACCCUCUACGUCUUCGACAAAGUGCCAACGCGCUACGGGCUGAUUUUGGGGGCGGUCAUCGGGGGCGUCCUGGGCCUGGUGCUGCUGCUGGUGCUGCUGGGCUACCUCAUCCGCUAUUGCUGGCUGCGCCGCCGGGCGGCGCUGCAGAGGCGGCUCAGCGCCAUGGAGAAGGGGAAACUUAGAGCGAAGGACUCUAAGCGUGGCCGGCAGACCCCGGUUCUGUACGCCAUGCUGGACCACAGCCGCCUCACCAAGUCCGCCAGCGACAAAAAGUCAAAGGGCAUGGGGGAUUCCCGCAAGGAUAAGAAAUAGCGGUCAGCGGGCCGGGCGGCGGGCCGGGGGCCGGGGGCGGAGCCUCCCCGCGGCCCCAAGGUGGUGGUCAUCGAGAUGGAGCUGCGGGGGGACCAGGCGGGCGGCGCGGAUCUCCGGCCCGCGGUCAAGUCCCCCAGCCGGACCAGCCUGAAGAACGCCCUGAAGAACAUGAUCGGCCUGGACUCGGACAAGUGAUCCCGGGGACGCCUGCCCGGUCCCCCCACCCCCG